AUGUCGAAACCAAAGAUUAUUGGUGAACUAGUGAUUGUCGCCUACAAAGCUGUUGUCGGUAAGCAGGAUCCUUUUGUUAUAUUUCGCAUUGGCGAAACAAUUCAAAGAACAAUAACUGAUAUAAGAGGUGGUCAGCAUCCUACUUGGGAUGAUCAGGUUGUUUUACCAAUUCCUGAAAAUAAAAAAAAAGUUGUUGUUCAAGUAUAUGAUGAAGACGGUAAAAGACAAGAAUUAAUAUCAGAAUGCGAGCUUGAUAUUUCUAAAGUCCUCAUGGAAGGGGAAGAGGAUAAUUGGUAUCCUUUAACUUAUAAAGGCCGACCUGCUGGUGAAAUUUAUUUAGAGCUCACAUUUUAUUAUGCGCGCCCUCCACCAAAACGUCAGCCCACGCGAUAUGGUAUGAGUAGGCCAUUUAAGCCUCCCGGAGGCUAUAUACCUACUGUACCACAAAAUAAUAGACCCUAUCCAACUUCAACUCAAUAUCCUCCUUCUCAGACAACAAAUGGAAUAAGACCCCCUCCUACUCCUAUCGAGUCUCAGUCAACACCUACAAACUGUAACGACACUCAUUAUCCUUCUCAGCAACAACCCUUUUAUAAUUAUGACGCUACACCUCGCCCAUAUCCUCCAUUAAAUCCAGCACCAUCUAUCUCUACUGGCUCACAACCAUCUUAUCGUCCACAACAAUCCUCUUAUCCACCUAAUAAUGACAGUCGACCUAUGUCUUAUGGAGGACAGCCUCUAUUAAACUCAAAUAGACCUGUUUCAUUCUCUGUACCAAACCCUAAUUAUAUGAAUCAUCCAACAAAUAUGAAUGGUCCUCUUCUUUCCUCUUCUUACAAUCCAUCAAACCCUCCCAAUAUCAAUUACGGUAAUAAAUAG